CUCAGUCGCCGCCGCUGCGCCGUACUCGCCGCAACGACGGAGCGCGUGCGACGGCCGCCCGGCUCCCCUGCUCCGGAGAGUUGAAAACGCGCCGGGCGCCUCCGUUGCGGGGAAAUUGGGAGCGGACGAACGUGCACCUCAGCCUGAGAGAUUCCAAAUAAGAGCGCGGUGUCGCGGUGCAUUUGAAGUGAGCGGUCUGUGAGACAAACUCUUGUGCCAAGAACACGAGCUACAAUGAGGUCGCGAAGCUGGGUGGUCGUGACGGGUAGUGCAAUAGUUGUGUUGGUGAUGUGCGCUCACAGAACUGAGGCCGGAGCUCUGCAAAGAGGACUCUUUGACGAUCUUCAAGCCCUCUUUAACAAGAACAAGACCAAGGAAAACGAAACCUCGGCCGCAACGACGGAGGCUCCGGACAUAAGCAAAUGCGAGGAAACGUGCCAGAACAAGUUUGCAGCGUGCGGUGUUCCCAACCGAGGUACUCGGGUGGUCGGUGGACGGCCGUCCCGCAUCAACGAAUACCCGUGGGCUGUGGCGCUGACAUACAGAGGUCGCUUCUACUGCGGCGGCAGUCUCAUCAACGAUCGCUACGUGCUCACGGCCGCACACUGCAUCAACGGGCUCAACCACAACAGGGUGGAGGUGACGCUGGGAGAGCACGACCGAAACCUGCCCUUCGAAGCCAUCACGCGCAAGAUCAAAGUGCUGUGGUGGCUGAAGCACCCCGAGUUCAACCCCAAGACGUUCAACAACGACAUUGCGCUGGUGCGCAUGAAGGAGUCUGUCAGCUUCAGCAGGAUCAUGCGACCGGUCUGCCUGCCAAGACCGGGGUACAACUACACGGGCGAGAAGGUGACGGUGGUAGGCUGGGGCCGGACGUCAGAGGGCGGCAGCACGGCCAACCUGCUGCAGGAGGUGCUGCUGCCGGUCUUCAGCAACGCCGAGUGUCGGGCACUGAAGUAUGACGCCGAGGAGAUCACGAGCAACAUGAUGUGUGCCGGCUACACGCAGGGAAAGAUUGACGCCUGUCAGGGUGACAGUGGGGGACCGAUGCACUGGCAGGCCAAGGACGGGAAGACUAAUAUCAUUGGAAUCGUGAGCUGGGGUCAAGGUUGUGGUCGUCCAGGCCUUCCCGGCGUGUACACACGAGUCUCCAACUAUCUCGACUGGAUCGAGCACAACACGCCCGACUCCUGCUACUGCGGCCGCAGAACUCCCAGACGGAGGCGCCACGCACCACAAAGCGCACGAGCAAACAGCGCGCGCUUCGUCAUGCGGGGCACCUCGCAUUCCGAAGACAACGCCGGCGGCGCCGGCCGCGCGCGGCGCGCCGCUACGCAACAGGACCUCAACGCACGCUCUCAUCGGCGGAGCUAGCGCGCGCUGGCGCCCGCAGAGCUGGCGCACGCGCCCAGUUGGCGCCUGGCCUCGGCUGGAGCGAGGCGUCCACGCGCGGCUGGCGGCGACUCGCGCCCGCUGUCAGCUGGCCGGCAAUUACCGCACGGCGGUGGCGGCGGAACGGCCGAGAAGUAGAACGGCCUGUGACCCAUUUCCGCCCGGCCGCCAGCAGCCGGGAGCGGGCCAAAACAGAAAGUCAUCGCUGUCGCAGGAUCGAGGCCAGAGGCUGCGCAGCUCGCCGACUCCCCAGUCCACCAAGACUCACGCGAGUCCAGGACCGCACGCGGGCUCGCGCCGGCGAGGCGCGUGAGUCGCGCACGCGAGUCGCGCGCGAGUCGGUCACCGCAGUCCGGCAAUUGGACCGAUGUGCGGUGUUUGUCUUUCAUGACCGGCGAGGAAGAUUGAAUUGGGAACUGCGAGUGACUGCGAAGCGCGUUACCAGUGAACGCGGGUCAGUGUGUGGACUGUGAAUUCGUUCUGACUCGGAUGUCAGCGUAGCGAACUGAGGC